GUUUGCUUAUGAAGCCAACACGAUAUAAGAGACAAACUUAAACGUUGUGAAAAUUCAGAUUCAGAACUUCAUCAUGAUCGCAUCUGUGGUUCUACUCUUGGGAGCUGUUUUGCUCCUAUCGCUCUUCUUUCAGAACCACAGGACCAAAGAAUUCCCUCCAGGCCCUCGACCGCUCCCCAUCCUUGGAAACUUGCUGCAGCUCAAUCUGAAGAACCCUAUUGCGGACCUGGAGAGGUUGGCCAAGCGCUAUGGUAACGUAUACAGCAUUUUCAUUGGUAAGCGACCAGCUGUGGUCAUCAACGGGCUGCAGGCUUUGAAAGAAGCCCUGGUCACCAAAGCGGCGGACUUCUCUGGCAGAUCACAAGACCUAAUGGUUAAUCAUGUUGUACUUGUGAAAGCUAAUGCUCAAGGAGUGAUUCUAGCAGAUUAUAACACUGCCUGGAAAGAGCAACGUCGUUUUGGUCUGAUGACCCUGAGAAACUUUGGUCUGGGGAAGCAGACGAUGGAGCAGAACAUUCUGAGAGAGACAGAUCAUAUCACACAGCUGAUCGAGCAGAGUGUUGGUAAAAUGUUGAAUCCCCAGCUGCUGUUCCACAAUGCGGCCUCCAACAUCAUUUGCCAAGUUCUUUUUGCAAGGCGCUUUGACUAUGAGGAUGAGUUUAUGAAGUUUUUUGUUGGCCUUUUUCAAGAGACCUCCAAAAUAUUCAAUGGGCGCUGGGGUAUGAUCUAUGACUCUAUUCCAAUUGUGCGCAACCUGCCACUGCCCUUUCGGAAGGCCUUUGAGUUGUUUAAGGUCGCACAUGAGAAACGUUUGGUGAUGGUGGCUGAGAACAAAAAGACCAGAAUUCCUGGUAAACCGCGGCAUUUCAUAGACUCUUACCUGGAUGAACUGGAUAAGAGAGGAGACGAUGGCUCGUCCUUUUCUGAGGACCAGCUUUGUGCAUUUAUUUUGGAUCUGCACUUUGCUGGGACAGACACGAUUGCCAACACCCUGCUGACUGCCUUCCUCUACCUAAUGAAUUAUCCCAAGAUACAGGAACGCUGUCAGCAGGAAAUAGACAAUGUUCUGGAUGAGAAAAAAGAACCCUGUUUUGAAGACAGGCAUCAGAUGCCCUAUGUGCAGGCUGUUAUCCAUGAGAUCCAGCGGGUGGCCGACACUGUUCCUCUCUCUGUUUUCCAUUGCACCAGUAAAGACACACAGCUAAUGGGAUACUCCAUACCCAAGGGAACCAUUAUCAUUCCUAACCUGUCCUCAGUGCUGAAGGAGGAGGGACAGUGGAAAUCUCCCCAUGAAUUCAACCCUGAAAACUUCCUCAAUGACCGGGGAGAGUUUGUUAAACCAGAAGCCUUCGUGCCAUUCUCUACAGGUCAUCGUAUGUGUCUCGGAGAGGUUCUGGCUCGUAUGGAGCUCUUCCUCAUUGUGGUAACACUUCUGAGGAGGUUCAAGUUCAUCUGGCCAGAAGAUGCAGGAGAGCCAGAAUACACGCCUGUUUUUGGUUCGACCCAGACCCCUAAACCCUAUUCAAUGAAGGUGCAGGUCAGAAGUCGGAGGCUAUCCUAAUUAGGUCCUACACAAUUCAACACUGGAUCGUAAAAAAAGUGUUUCGAUUAUUGCUGCACUAAUGAAUCAAUUAAUCAUGAUGUUUAAGGGGUUUACUUGUAGUGACAAACCCUCAGGGGGAUUUGACCACGUCUCCAGUUCCCUUCAGCUCUACAGAGCUUUAUCGUGUCUUUCUACUUUUUUCACACCUCACACAAAACCUGUAAUUAAGUCUCACUGCUCUCAUCUACCUAGUUUCCAGCCACAAAAAAAAACACUUUUGUGAAGACCAAAGAGCUAAAGCAAAGUUGAUGGCACAUCAUACAGUAGUUGUAGGAGCCAAUUAACUGUGGGUAUAAAGGUAGGGACAUAUGUGUGUUGGUGAGAGGUUCCGCCAGAAGGCCCAUACAGUUUUUGACCACACACACACACACACACACACACACACACACACACACACACACACACACACACACACACACACACGAUUACAAGCAAAGCAAAGGUAUUGUGUAAACGGUAAUAUCGUGUGGUGAAUAUGGAAAGAAGCAAGUAAAAUGGAAACCAGUAAAAUGGAAAUAAAUGGACUGUUUCAAACUGGAAA